CGCCAAUCCGGCCCCGCCAAUCAGGAGGCGGCAGAGGCGGUGAGGGCGGCAGCUUCCUGGAGACCGCAGGUGUAGGAGCGAGCGCCGCGCCCCGAGCCCGACCGGCUUCCGAAGCUGGCAGGAUGAAUGUGGGGGUGGCACACAGCGAAGUCAACCCAAACACCCGAGUGAUGAACAGCAGGGGCAUCUGGCUGGCCUACAUCAUCCUCGUCGGCCUGCUGCAUGUGGUCCUCCUCAGCAUCCCCUUCCUCAGCAUUCCAGUCGUCUGGACCCUGACCAACGUCAUCCAUAACUUGGCUAUGUAUGUUUUCCUGCAUACAGUGAAAGGGACACCUUUUGAAACCCCUGACCAAGGAAAGGCUCGGCUGCUGACACACUGGGAACAGAUGGACUAUGGGCUACAAUUUACUUCUUCCAGAAAAUUCCUCAGCAUCUCUCCUAUUGUACUCUACCUUCUGGCCAGUUUCUACACCAAAUAUGAUGCUGCUCACUUCUUCAUCAACACAACUUCAUUGCUCAGUGUACUACUUCCAAAGUUGCCCCAAUUCCAUGGAGUUCGUCUCUUUGGCAUCAACAAGUACUAAGGGAUGUGCCAGGGGAAAACUGCUGGAACAAAGGGCUGUACCAUUACAGUCUCUUAUCUUGAAAGCCUAAUAACUAUACAACUUUUCCCAAACUCUAAGGACAAAGACAUUGGACAAUGGGGUUCCUGGGUCCAACCCUGCUAAGAGCAGAUACUUUUUUGAAUCAGGGAAGGCAAGUGAGAUAAGGGUCAAAUGGUUCCUCUGUGAUAGGAAGCCAUGUCUGGGCAGCUUUUUUCGUAGUUAAAUUUUUCUAUGUCAUCCACCCUCACACCCUUACAGCAUUAUGCUGUUUUCUUUAAAAUAAAGUUCUUUUUUUUUUCCAGAUGUGACUACAAUUUGGUCAGCAGUAAGGGUAGGGAGAUAUCUUCAUAAGGCUGGGGAAGAAAGAUGAAAUGCUGACUUACUGAACAAAACUUCUGUAAGGUAUUUCUUAUCCCCUCUCCCUUGAUCCAGAAGGAGGUACCCUUCACUCAGCUAACAAUUAGUAGGGAAAUGAAUUCUCAAGUGAGAAAGGGGGCUCCAGCUAUGUGAGCAAAGAAAGAGAGGGAAGAUACAGAUUGCCAGUUACAUAUUUAUAGAAAGAUAAUUCCCUGGCUUUAAAUAGAUAUUUACAUACAAAUAUGAACAAAAUUUUAAAAAUACAAACCCUUGGAUCAUAAGGGGGCUGCCUGAAGUUCCUCUUUCCUUUUCCCUCACCAAAGGGCAGAGGGCUUUUUAAAAAUUAUUUUGGUCAUCCCUGCAUCAACAGGACACUGGGUGAAAGUCAAAGAAAAAAUUCAUCAGAGUUCCUACUCUCCAACUUCCGUUCCUAUAGUAAGGGCUACAUGUUUCUUGUUCUCUCUUUCAACUAGUUCUUCUGGGUAAAGGAUGGAAUUCCCUCCUGAAAUGGGUUAUGAAGUAAGAAAACUUGUAAUUUAAAGAGGAAGGAAAGUGUCAUCUGCUCUAGAAGCAAAAAAUAAGACAAUAGCUCUAGAACCCAGGAGAUACCCACAUUGCUAUGGGAGAUACUGUCCAGCCCAGGUCUAGGCCCUAGAUCUUGCUCUAGUUACUCCCUAAUUUCUUUGGUAUUGUCAGAAGACAAAAUUCAGUUCCUGGGUGCUGGUGGAAGAGGGAGAGUAGUUUCAGGGCUUCCUAUAAGUACUGAGUGAACAAUAUGAGCUUGAAAGUUUCCCUUUUUUUUUAAGUAUUUAAAAAUAAAUCAAA